AGUAUGAAAAAUAAUUGCAAUGUGUAUACCGCAGAUGUACAUUCAGUAAAAGUAGUUUAAUAAUGAGGGUGGAUGUUAUGAAGUAACUAAACGUCUCUGUGCAUAAGAAAAUAUGCGGAUCUCGUCUUGUGCGCGUAAUCGAAUCGCGCAUGUACUGCUAAACUUUGUUAUUCAUAUGCAAUAGUGAUGAACUUACGAAAAGUUUGAUUUAUUAUUCAUAAAUGAAUUCAUUAAGAUAACGCACAAAGAGACGUUAGUUCUUCACUCUUGGCCACUAAGUUUUAUUUGCGGAAUUGAAUUCUCUCUAUUUUUCUGGUGUAUUAUUUAAUAUCCCAAUCAAUAUUACCAGCGAUGAAUACAGACGUCGAGAAACAAUUUAAAGAAACCAAAUUAUUAUUCGAUAAAAUUGGUCGGAUGUUGAAAAUUUUGAAUGCCUGGCCAGUUGGUUGUACAACUAGAGGAUUCAUACUGUUUACAAUUUAUUUCAUUUAUGAAAAUCUUUAUCUUUCUAUGGCGUUCAAUGAUUUUAUUUCAAUUUUUGGUGAUCUUCAGCUUAUGACUGUGAAUCUUUUAGGAACUUUAGUUCAGUUGGUGAUGAUGAUACGAUUGAUUUUCGUAAGAUUUUCAAAAAGCUUAAAGAAAAUAGUUAUCGAAAUAACAGAUAAUUUUUGUGAUAAAAAUUAUCAAGAUCCAAAUGAAAAGAGGAUCUACGUUCAAUACAGCCCAUUAAUAACUAAGUUCUACAAAAUUACUAUGAUAUUUGGUGUUGGGUCUGCAUUCGGCUUCUGCUUAUUACCUCUACAGAAAUGGUUAAUUUCUUGGUGUCUGCAUAAGCCUAUUUUUCUGGAGCUUCCUUACAGAGUUAAAGUAUUUAACUCAAAUGAAUCAUCUUUUAAAGAAUCUAUUCUACUGUACGUUUUUGAAGUACCGUUACCUGUAUCUUCGUUGUUUUAUUCUGCAUCUGUUAACAUGCAAUUUAUAAUAAUAACAAAUAUAUGCGCUCGUAUUGCUAUUUUGACUAGCAGAAUAAAGAAUGUGCGCGGCGAAGUUGAAUCUGUCAGUGCAAUUAAGCGCAUUGUGCUCAAACAUUUGGAAUUGAUCAGAAUAACAAAAAAAUUUGACGAAGUUUGGACACCGGUUUUUUUCAUUGAAACACUUGUUGAAAUUCCACUUUUGGCCCUAGUUAUGUUCAGUGCAAUUCUGGCAGUAGAAGCCAGAGAGACAAUGGUGUUUAUGACGUUAUUCAUUUACGUAGUCGCAGUAUUGGCAUGUAUGUUUGCAAAUUGUUUGAUGGGUGAACUAUUAUUAACUGAACGUGAGCAGUUGUUGGAGGCAUUUUACUUAUGCAAUUGGUACAAAAUGUCAAUCGAGUCUAAACGAUCCUGGCUCAUUUGUAUGGUAAAUUGUGCGAGUAUUCCGAUGCAUAUGACUGCUGGAAAAAUCUACAUAUUUUCAUUCAACGGUUUUACAGGAAUAUUGAAAUCUUCAAUGGGUUACGUAUCGUUAUUACGAACACUAACAAUGUGAAAAUUUUUUUUCAAUAAGCAAUUUAAUUAGUCCAAUUGUAAUUAUUUUUUGAAAUUUACAGUAAUAUAAUUUCAUUAGUAAUACUGUUAAUUGUCAUUAUUUAAUGAAUCGUUUUUAAAAACCAUAUAUAGGGGAGGGAGAGGCAAAAGGGGGUACUUAAGGAAAUA